ACUGUAAGCUACGUGCAAAAGUUUUUGUUUGUUUUUACAUAUACAAAUAAUUCCGUACAAAAUUAUUUCGAAAUGGAUAAAGUACGCAAAUUAAUUUUACCCACCUGGCGCCCAGUUUUGCAAGCAACGCGCAAAUAUUGCGAUGUGCAAAUGAAGAAGCUAGUCACCCUGCCCUUGGUCGACAUACCCGAAGGCAAGUUCAAGUAUGUGGCAGCCAAGGUCUACAUCCAUGGGGACAUGGGGCAUGCCCGUACCAUUGUGCGCGGCUUCCAAAGAGUCAAGUACCAUCUGGAUGUAUAUGACAGGGUACAGAAUGAGGUAGCGGCGUUAGAACUUUGCACCCAAUGUGUUGGCGGUGGUUACAUCGUUCAUGAUAAGGAGAAGAAGUAUAUUAAGAUCUAUGGCAAGUCUCAGACCCUGGGCAAGGCCGACCACAGGGAAACCAAGAGCAUCUUGCAUAGCAAAUUCCCAGAUUAUCACAUUGAUGCGCAGUCGGGCGGAAUGGAGGAAUAAUCAGAAUGUUUUCUUCAUUCAAAGAGAUAAAUAAGUUUGUAGUCUGGCAUUCAUUUCAAAAGCUCCGAGCCUUCCAAAUUGUAAAUAGCAGCAAUUAAAUAUAUGUACAUAAUUACUACCAUAUUAUAAUAGUUACUAUCUCGCACUGAA